AUGCCGGUUGCUGGAAAGGCACAGGUGACGUUUGAGGUUCACCAUGUUGGAGGCAGCUGUCAAAAACAUCACAGUGUUUGUGCUACUAAAAGUAAAGAGUUUUCCACCAUGUCAUCGGUUUUCUUUGAAACGUGUAAUGUUGUAAUGUUUCUUAAAUUAUUCUGGAGAAAAUGCAGUAUAACUUUUUUUAACUUUGAAUCUAUAUCACACUGUUUUCUUUUCCUGCUAGUGUUUGGAAGAGCAAUACAUGCCAUAGCACGUAUUAGUGAUGAAUUUUGUUUUGACCCCGUAGAAAAAGGUCUUGCCUUAAGAUCCGUGAAUUCUUCAAGGUCAGCGUAUGCAUAUGUCUUCUUCUCAUCCAUGUUUUUUCAACAUUACUGCUGGACAGCUGUGUCUCAGAAGGAAAAACAGUUAUCCCUCCCAUGUAAAUUGAUAAUUAAGUCAGUUCUUCCUGUGUUUAGAUGUGUAAAUGUGUUGGAAAGGAACGUAGAGAAAUGCAGCAUUUAUACAAAUAUUAAUGAUCAUCACGUAACUUUUCAGCUCCUCUGCAAACACGGUGUUAUAAAAACAUAUAAUCUGGCAUUUCAAGAGUGUGAUCCGUUGCAGGCUGUUUUUGCAAAGCACAUGUGUCCAAACAUCCUUAAAGUCCACUCCAGGCUGCUGGCUGACACAAUGAUUCACUUUCCAACCAGUCAAGAAGAAGUAACUUUAUCAGUUACUCCGAUGAAAGUUUGUUUCAAGAGUUACGCUGAAGAGGACACGGAUUUUUCAAAGACAAUGCUUACUGAAAUACAGCUAAAUCCAGAUGAAUUUGACUACUUUCAAGUUGGAGUAGAUUCUGAAGUGACGUUUUGCCUUAAAGAAUUGAGGGGCCUGCUGGCGUUUGCAGAGGCUACCAACGUUCCUGUCUCCAUCCACUCUGACGUCUCUGGAAAACCCAUUGCUUUCAGCAUUGAAGAUAUGAUGCUGGAAGCCAGCUUUAUUCUGGCGACCUUGUCUGACAUUGGAAAGGAGACGGCUUCCCAGCAGCCUCCCUGCUUCUCCCAGUGCCAGGAAAGCUCCAAGACACGUACGGGUGAAGCUGAUGGAACCUCCAUGGAUAAAGACAGCAACGCAGACGCUUCCAAAAAGCCGCAGCGGAACGGAACUGCCCCGAACACAGAGUCGGUGAAACCUGUGAGUCCUCUGGUGAAACAAGAGAUUAAAAAUAUCCCCAGAGUCACGAGAGAUGCGAUGGGCAUGGAAGGAACAGCCCUGAUGGAGGCAGAGGACCAGGCAGCACUGGAGGGAGAGGCCAGAGAGUCCCGUUACCAGCAGUUUCAUUCCUUAUUUUUUGGAGCAAUGUCUUGUAAGGAGAAGGAUGCCAUCAGCCUCACCUUCCAUAGCUUAGCAACAGCUAGUGACACCGAAGAGGAUUUUGGCCACGAGCAGAGCUCCCAAGUUCUCCAGUGA